ACUCUGCCGAAAUUGUCACGUCGUUUAAAUAAAAAGGGAAAAAUGGCUGACCCUGAGGAGGAAAAAGGAUUGGAGUCAUCUACACCAAGCUGCGUAGGCACUGAAUGUGCCCCAAAAUCAUCUGCCGUAUCAGCGGUUAGUGUCAAUGAUCCACAAUCGCUCAAUGAAUUAAAGUCGGAGCCGAUAGAGGAACCGGAGCCGGACCCGAUUCGUAAAUCAAGCAAAGAACGCCGCCUUCAGUAUCUUAGGAAUGGAAUCGAUGCUGAUUGCGAAGUGCAUGUACAGAGCGCGGAUCCGGACGCAGAUGCUCAAGGUGGCAAUGUGUGCUAUAAGAAAUUUCGUUGCCACCGCCUUCUACUAGCCACUGCUUCAGAUAAACUGGAACAAGACGUCUACCAGAACAAGAAAUGGAAUGGAGUGCUACAAAUAAAUGGCGUUUCUCCCGAGGCUGUGGAAAUCUUCCUCGAAUUUAUUUAUACGUUUGAAGUAUCGACGUCAAAAGUUGAACUGCAACUUAUAGGCGAUAUAUUUAUACUAUCAUGCGCUUAUAACAUGCCGGAGAUGCUUUGCAGCUUUGCUGACAAGGUAAAGGACAAGGACUGGCCCCUGGAUUAUAUUUUUCCAGCUUACGAUUUAGCAUUUCGACAUAACAUUAUCUCAUUGGAACAAGUGUGCAUGACUAAAAUUUUAGAGCACGCCAGAGAACUGGCGAUUGAGCCCACUCUCAUGAAUAUUCAGAUUUACGCCCUUAACUUCGUCAUACAGCAUUGGCUGGCAGCCAAGGCAAUUCCCACAAAUGAAAUGGUUGAAAUACUGCUUAAGUAUCAACGAGAGAAUGAAAUUAAUUUCAGCAACACCCAACAAUUUCCGCAUUUUACGAAAAUAAUUAAUUACUUUCGCAACGUUCUUUUAGAUGCGGAUGGCAUUAUUUCUAAAUAUGAGGAACAAUGA